GACAUCCCACACGUCUGUCACACUGAUCGCUGGAGGAGUGCCGAGAUUUCUUGAUAUACUGUCGAUAUCGCCUUGAGAUAUCUGAACCAUGCGGAGACACCGCUUAGCCUCCCACGCCCGCAAGGUAUUCUUGGUCCAAGUUCAUCGGUGUCCAAACAUGAACAUGAAUGGCAUCAGUGGAAGCUGUGUGUGAUUGUCUAUUGUCUGGAUCAGCUGUACGGGUCUGGCUGUCAGCUGUGGUCAGGUGGAGGAGCGAAUUAUCAGGCAUUGCCUGGCAGACAACUAUUAUAUUAUAAUCAUAUGUAGGUGCUCUGUGGAGCAAGCAAACCGAAACAAGCGUGAACGGAACUCCACAGCGACAGACGACUGCUAGAACGAAAGAGAAGGAUAUGUUCGAAGUUCGGUGAUUGCUAAUUCAUUAAAAUGUUAGGUCUUGGUGCAGCGAUGGUGUUAGUGAGUUUUUUGUGGGGUGCUACAAAUCCUUUAAUUAAAAAAGGUAGCUCUGGUGUAAAUAAAAUUAAAUGUGAUAACUGCAUCUUGCAAUUUUUAUCAGAAAUUCACUUCUUAGCUAGAAAUUGGAGGUAUGUACUUCCAUUUAUUUUAAAUCAAAGUGGAUCUGUAGUAUACUAUUUCACACUACAACAAGCAGAUCUGUCAUUAGCUGUUCCUGUUGUGAAUUCUUUAACAUUUGUUUUUACAGCACUGUCUGGUUGGGUCUUGGGAGAAGAAAUUCCAAACAAAGGUACUCUUAUGGGAAUGCUGCUGGUUGUGAGUGGUAUAACAUUGUGUGUGUUCGAUAAAGUUACAAAUUUUAAUUCUGUUGCAUGACAUGGAGGAAGAAAAGAUGUUUUUUUAAGAAUUUUUUAAAUUCUAUAUUUAUAUCUUUGAAUAUGAAAAGAAGCGAAUACAAGUUUCUGGUUAUAUUUACUUCAAGAAAUUGUGUAAAAAAUCAUUUUUGAACUAGAUCAUGUGAUGAGAAUUUUAAUGAGUGUUGAAUUACAUCAGUGUUAUCAGUUAUCACACGUCCUUGUGACGUAUCUAAUUAUCUCAAUCUAAACAGUCCUGUGAAAGUUCUGUACUCAAUAAAACUCUACAAGCUCAAAAUAAUAAUAAUAUUUUUGUAAUUAUUGUCAUAAUUGAUGUGUAUUUAUUGACAUUAUUCAAAUGUACAAACUUGCUGACUAUCUUUUGUGUAACCUACAAAGGCAGAAUUUCUAUUUUCAGGAACAUUUGUCAGAUAUAUUGUUUAACAUUACUUUAUUCCUUGAGAGCAGUAAAAAAUCCUAAAACUGAGAAAAUAAUUUAUUGUUAAAACAAAAUUAUCCUGAAUUUAAAUAUUCUAAUGAAAUAUAUUUGUUUGAUAAAAUUCACUUUCUUUUCAAAAAAUCUUUAAUCACUAUAACUGCCCCAUUACAUGUUUGCUAUUUGGAAAACGAGUAUUUGUGAAGCAUUCAGGUCGCUGGCCUCCCAUUACUAGGAUCUAGGUUUAUUCAUACUCAAUCAAAGUGAAAUUUGUAGUGGACAAAGUAGUUUCCUUGAAGUAGUACUAAAUUGCGUGCCCCUCAUACCACCAUCUUGUGUAUCUUCAAUCCCAUUAUAAGCCUUAUGAUGAACAUUAGCCUUUCUGAUUCCUUGUGAUUUGCCAGUAGUCCUAAGUGUCAGGUGCUGCACAGAGUAGAGUGAUGUGGCUGGGACUGCCAAUCUUGCUGUCUCUGGCUUGCAGUUUUCGUAGCAGGUUGCCUCCCGUAGAAGAGCUGGCUUCUCGCCAACUCUUAUGCCUCUUGUACUCAUGCUGACAGAGAAACAAAGGGGGUGGCAGGAAAAGUCAGGGAUUGGUACCAGUUAAUAGCCAAUGAGCAAUGAAGAUAUUCAAGAGUAAUUGGAAAUGAUAUCAGUGUGUGAAAAAAUUCCACAAUAUUGGCAAAAUUGGCUUGAAAAUCCAAAACAAAUGAAUCCAGGAUGAGUAUAACAUCUGAUGUUAGAGAACAACCCCAUAGGAAGAAGAGAUAGACCACCUCCCUGCAAAAAGCAGAGAGAUUAACUGCCACAAUUCUAAAUGCUCGUUAUCUGUUGGCCGCUAGCGAUUGAAUCAAUGGCUAAAACCAGGAUAUACUUGAUAAUAAUUCUCAAUAUUAUCAUUAUUUCAUCUUAACAUAAAUACCUUGCUGGUGAGAACUGAUGGUUCCCUUUGGAUGGUUCUCUCUACUGAACUGUCCCCUCAAAAACAUUUGCCAUUUGAAAAACAAACUCAAAAAAAAUAAUUUGGAAACCAUAUUAAUCAUGUACUAUUGAAU